AUCUCUUAUUUCUGCCUGCCUCGUUUGAUACAAGGAAGUAGAGCCGAUACCAGGUACUUGAUAAACUGAGAGAUGUUCUAACACUUGGUAUAUCGCACUUAGCAUUGUGAAAGAGAGGGACAGACGACGGAUUCGAGUCAACGCUUGAUGUAUUCUGUCGAAAUUUCCCCAUAAACCACAACACUCGAAUACACACGAAAGACUUCCUGCGUUGUUCUUAAAACCAAAUGACUUCAUUUAGAGAUUUAUCCAAAUCAGGAACCCGGAAAUAAAGCCAAUACGCUGUCACAGACAUCGGUGAGAUCAAUAAGCGGGAAACCAGGAAGUUAUCAGUUAUUUAACUUCAGCGCACACUCGUUACAAGGAGUAUUUGGAAUGAGUGAUAUAAGACUUGAUUCUCACUGGAGUAUGCCGUCUUGAGAGUUAUUAUUAUUCAGGUUGAAAUAAUUUAUGUUAAAAAAAAACAACAUUUUAAUAAUUCAAAAAGGACAUAAGAGAUGUUAUUUGAAUCCAUGAGAAACCUUAUCAAAACAUAAUAGAAGCCGGAAGAAAAAACGUCAUUGGAUUACAGUUCGCGUUAAUAUCAUCUCCAUAAAGACCCAGCUAAUAGAAUAACCUUAAAUCAAGCGAAGUUUAAGUUUAGUGGUUGUCUGGCAUCUAUUGCCAGGAGAAGAAAGAUUGACCUUGUGCGGGAGAAAUAAAUAUGUAAGGUUAUUUGAGUGCCAUUGGUUAGAAUAAUGCGGAAAUAGAAGUUCGUUGAGACGCGUGUUCAAUACUGCGAGAGACCAAAGUCUUUGAUUGAAAUUAAUGUUUUAGCGAAGCUAAGGGAAUAUAAAAGCGGAUUUUGAUGCUUACUUUGCAGAGCAAAAUGGAGUUAAUCAGAGAAUGAGUUUCUAGUCAUGCGUAUAGCGGAUUUUUGGAAACUGGAGUUACGAUUUAGUGAGACAUGAAUGAUAUAUACUUGGACAUUAUGGUGAUAUCGCUAACUCUCAACUGGUGUGUGCUGUCAUUUAAUUUAGUGCCGCGGCUGAGAGUUCGAAUCGCAGCAUCUUCUCUUAUGAGCGGAUGCUGUCGGCUGUUGGCGAUUUGUCGAAUGUUUGAAGAAAGGCCCUUGCUUUUAUCGAAAAUAUUUACAGAACAAAUCCUGACUUGGUCACUGGUGAUUUUAAGUAUGGUUGCGGUCUCUGCAAGUGACGUCAUUAAGCACCCAUUUCACGUGGAAAACGCUGACGGACAUUGGUACGUGAAAUUCAUCACCGUGAUAUUUGCUAUAAAUAUUGGGCGAUACUUAUUUAUAUUCAUGGAAACAUUGUUUUCUAAACGCUCCAAAAGCAAAAGCCAGUUCCGGGCCCAGUUUAUACACCAUAUUGUGACAAUUGUAUGCUAUGCAAUAUUUCUAGUCACACGACAGAAUUUAUUACUUGGAUUAAUAGGCGUAUUUAUUGAAACUACUAAUAUUUUUGACGAAAUUGGACGGAUUUUUAAACAACAGGGAAAGACAAAUACGCCUUUUUUUCGACGGGUUGUUACUAUAGGUUGUGUGUUUACUGUGACGUUCAGGGGAAUCGUUCCGACUACGUUUUUAGUGAUGGCGAUGUUUCAACAGUCACCGUUCACGAUGAGUACGCCGACGCUUAUGAUAUUUUUCCUCAGCAUGAUAUUUUAUUCUGUGAUGAAUGUGUGGCAGAUCUUGGCUAGUCUACAACGCUUCAAGAAAUACAUGUUACAAAAAACGCCGCAUGACGAGUCACCAACGUCUUUCGAAUUACGCACGGUAGAAGAUCGAUCACCAUAUCGGACCGGAAAAACAUUACUUUUAUCGAAAAACAACCUUGGGUAUCUGAGACCAUAUGAUAAUAAAAAUAUUGCAUUUCAAAACAAUAGCAUCAAAGAAAACAUUGGCAAUAAAAAGGAUACUGCAAAAGAAGCCAUACAAUUAAAAAUAGAUCCAGUUUCGUACUUUGAAGAGAAGCGAAAACUAUCAGAUAUUGCUGAAUGCCAGGAUCACGUCAUUGAAAAGGAAGAACAUUCAAACAAUUCGAACGAUUCAGGUAUAUCGCUUAAUGUUGAUGAGGGUGCAGUUAAAGACCGGGAUGUUUUUAAAAUGACUAAAAACAGUAUCAGAAGAAAACCACAGACACAAAACGAAAAAAGAAAACAGAGGAACGACUCAACUGAAAUUGAAAACAACAAUAGCCACGAUGCCAACACGAAUGUGUUCAAUGUAACAGACGUAAGAGAUGAAGUGUAUAUAAAAAACAAUGCGUGUAAAAUGAACGAACGUGUUAAUUACGACGGAGAAAGUUCGAACGUUUUUUCUAUGGAGCUACAACAUUUACGGAUUAGUAAUAGUAGCGAGGAUUCAAAUAAUUCAGAGGUUUUACUUUUGAACUUUUCUCCGCCGAAAAAUGCAAAAAGUCAAAGCACAAGCGCUAUUGUUCACGCAUGCGCAGAAGAGGAACCCCGUGUUCACAGUUACAGAAGUCUUUCGGUAGACCAUUUAGCAGACUUUCUUUGACAAUUAAGCGCAAGAAAGAUUAAAAAUAAAACAUAUUUUGUUUUGUUCUUUGCACAGCCAUACUCAAGUACACAUCAUAUAAGAACAAAUUAGUCACCACGUUUUCAUCAUACAGUCGAAACCCGUUGACUCGAACUCGCUUGGCUCGAUUUUCUCGUUGGCUCGAACUUGAUUUAGAGGACCGAUUUCUUUUUAUUGAAGGUUAACAAUCCCGCUUGGCUCGAACUAACUGAUGCUCGAAGUAUUUUUGCCGGUCCCUGGGAGUUCGAGCUAACGGGGUUCGACUGUAUAUUUCUUCCUUUUUCUGUUGUUUGUUUUUCACGCGGCAUUACGAAAUUAACAGUGAGUUGUAAUCGCAUACUUGUUAACAAGAAGCUGUCAAUAAACUGGUAUUUUUUGCAUAAUAAAACACCUUUUUGUCAAGUAACACUUGUUCUUCCUCUUUAAUCUGUGUUAAACCAGGAAGUCAAUAAGAGUAUCGUAUCGUUAUCACAUCAGGUAUUUUGUGCAUCGAUGAAUGAAUUUCUGUACUGUAUGUCAUAAACGAGAGAUAACGAUUAGUUAUAUUGAGUUAAACAGAUAAUAAAGGGACUCACUCA